CCAACUCUCUCACUCUCCCCUCUCUCCCUCCUCUCAAUUUUGAGUCCUUCCUUCUUUCCAUUUCCGUUCCCCUAUUUCCCAUCGAUCUUCCCCCUCUCCUCCUCCACCAAAGCAUUUAAUUUUAUUCCAUUUUAGAACCAAUGCAAUGACUAUGUUGAUACAUUUAUUACUGCUAUACUUUUGAGUUUUGAAACUAGUAGUAGUAUCCACAAUGGAAUGUUGUUGGUAAACCCAGAGAAGGAGAGAGAAGGAGAAAGAAAUUAAGGCAUUGUGCUUCGUCCACCUACCCUGGCUGUUGUUAUGGAGAGACUCCAAGGACCCAUUAAUCCUUGUAGUUUCUUGGGGGAAGAUUUGGAGGCAGAGAGUUUUGAGUUGGGGUUUGUUAACAAUGGAAGUUUGAGAUAUGAGGAUGCAGAAGAAAGGUGCUUUUUAAUGCCGAGUUUGGAAGACAAUAUGCCAUUUCUUCAGAUGCUUCAGGGUGCAGAUUGCCCUCCUCUUUUUCCCUUGAAAGAACCAAACUUUCAGACGCUUCUGAGGCUGCAACAUGUAAGGAAGCCAUGGGAGAUAAACUCUUCCUUUAUUCCGGAUAUGGAGACCCAAAUUCAAGCCCUGGAGCUCGAAAGUUGCGUCACCCAUGAAAUUCUACACCUGAAUUCCCCGGCCAAGUCCGAGACCCGAGAUGUUAAGAACCAGUAUUCCAUUUCGUGCUUUGAAGGUGUCAGCUCCGAGUCUAUCCAGGACCAACCCAAUUCCGCGAUGGAUAACUGUUGGAGAGAAGGCAACUCAGGAUCUCCGCCUCAGGAAAACGGGCCUCCACCAACCCAGUUAACGGCAUAUCGUCCCGUUGCCAAGGAGCGGAGAAAGCGGAAGAGGACGAAGCCCACUAAAAACAAGGAGGAAGUCGAGAGCCAACGGAUGACCCACAUUGCCGUCGAACGCAACCGCAGACGGCAAAUGAACGACCAUCUCAACUCCCUUCGAGCUCUCAUGCAUCCAUCUUACAUCCAAAGAGGUGACCAAGCAUCUAUAAUUGGGGGUGCAAUUGACUUCGUGAAGGAACUAGAGCAACUACUUCAAUCUCUCGAAGCACAAAAGAGACUGAGAAGCUCUGAAAAAAGCAGUAACAAUUCAACACCAAACUCUGCAAUGGCAACAAUUUCCUGGCCGCAAUGUGGAAUUGGUUCUGAGGGUAGUGAGAAUUAUGAAGAGGAAGUGAAGGGCUCCGAGCACAAGUCCGGUCCAACUAAGGUAGAGGUGAAUGUGAUACACAACCAUGUCAACUUGAAAAUUCAGUGCCCAAGAAGACCAGGACAGCUUUUGCAGGCCAUUAUCACCCUGGAAGGCCUUAGGUUAACAGUUUUGCACCUUAACAUUACUUCUUUACAAGCUUCUAUUCUUUACUCUUUCAACCUAAAGAUGGAGGAUGAUUGUAAGCUAAGAUCGGCUGAUGAGGUGGAAGCAGCAAUUCAUCAAAUAUUCAGCUAAAUCAAAGGAGAGAAAUGUAUUGGUAGAGUAAGCUGGCUUCUAUUCCAGAUUCUGGACCAAAGGGAAUUGAUUAGGGGAAAAAAAAGGAGGGAAGUUUCAGAACCAAAAAAGGAAAAAGAAGAGAUGGACGCAUAGGGAUGGCAGAAAGAGAAAUAGCAGAGGCACCUCUCAUCAAUUGUAAAUGUUGUACCACCAAAGGGUGAUGAAGGCAAGUCAGUGCAAAGGGCAUCAUGACGUUUACCGUUUAACUAAAGCUCCCCUUGUUGAGUCAUAAAUAUUAGAAUGAUUAGUAUGUCUAAUUUUGUUGUUAUGUUGUAAAAAUAUAUAUUUCUGGGUUUUAGAGGGGAGGGUUUGAGGUUAGUCUCGUUGGUGGUGAUGGGGGUGGGGUCAGUACGCCUGGGCAAGGGUAGCAGAGAUAGAGUUUUCUGAUUUGUGUUUAAAAUGGAUUUUCUAAUAAAUCUGAUCUCUUUCG